UAUAUAUAAGGGUUUAUAAGGGACACCGUAAAUAUUACUUUUAAUUCGUCGCUGAUAAGAUUGACCAUUCUUGUUGCGUAUCGAACGUCAACGAAUUAAACCGUGAUAAUUGGAAUACGAUAUUACACAAAAAGAUUAUAAUAAUUUAACAAUAGUAACAGUGAAUUCAUAUUCUAUUAAAAUUUGUCAACGUGACUACAUAAACAUGGUUUAUAUAUCGAGUGAUGGCAAAAUUCAUGACUCAGUACCUUGGGGCUUUAAAAAAAUUACCAAUUUCUUUUCAUCCAUAAUAUAUCUGAUAAUAAUGUUCUUCAAGACAUUAUUUGGUAUGGAUAUAAAUAAAAGUGACGGCAAAAGUUCGAAAGAUAAUAGACCUGGUUUUGGUCCACCAAAACCUCCAGGCCGGAAACUAGGUAGACUUAGAAACAUUGACCAUAACGUUGACGUUCCCGUUGGAGGUUGCAGCAGUUGUCUACUAUAAUAAAAUAUUUGAAUCUACUAUGAUAAAAUAAGAUAAUGGAUAAUUUAUUUCUAUCAAAGAAGUUUUAUCGAAUUAAUGUGCUUAUUUAAAUAUUAAAGCUCAGAAAUAUAAUAAAUAA